UCCUCUGUGUUUCUGACUAGAUGGUACCAGAAGAGGAACACAGACAGGAUUCAAGAUAGUGGAACCAGGGUUAUUGUUCUCUGAAGCUCUAUGAGAAGAUGAGGUCCCAUCGGGGAUGGCCCUACCCUCCGCACUGUGUCUAGCUUUUCUUCUACUAGUCCCAGUGAUGGACAGCAACCCAUGGGAAGUGCUUGCCUGUGGACCGGAGAGGCAAAACUUCCUGUGGAUUCCACACAUACCCCACCCGCUAGACUCACUUCGGCUGUGGUCAAUGGGAUUCUGAGGACUUACACUUCCUGCUCUAGGAGUGACUGGCUGGCUAUCCACUGUGUAUAAAGGUUCUCGAAGCUUACAAGUGAAGGGGUAACUGUGACGACAUUCCUAUGCGAACCAGCUUCCUUUUUAUUUUUGAGGAGGACUGAGGCUGCUUUCCCGAAUGUGAGAAAGUCAAAGCACCACCUGGCACAAUGAGUUUCUUUGCUCGAAUUCUGGCAGAACCUGUGGCCGGUACAAGGAAGACUUAGGUCUGCACUAGCUGGUAAGGAGAUACCACAAAGGCAGAGUGCAUAUCUCUUAACCUUGGUCACUGGAGAGUAAUCGACUGCUACAUAGCUGGCAGGGGAAGGACUGCCAAUGCCAAAACACACAGAUGAGUGCUCCCUGACAUCAGUACUCAGCUGGAAUACAACCCCAAGCCAGGAUGCACGUUACCGCAUAGAUUGUAAAGGAUCGUAUGGGCUUAUUUCGGAAAAUGACCAUCACUUGAGGCAUAAUUUUCAUAAUUUAUAUCUCCUGUUCUAAACAAACAAACUAAAAUUGUAUUGGGUUGGAAUACACGAGAACUGUGGCUUUAUGGGACAGAACUUCUUCUGAAAUUGUUGCACUCGUAGGCUUCAGUUUUCAUCUUUUUCUAGAUUCACAUCUCUGGGUGAGAGUCCAAAUAAGUAUAUUAAUUAUAAUGUUAGAAAUGAAAUUUUAUAAAUUAAAAAGGCUUUUAACUUUAUUAUUCAAAAAAGUCUUGAAAAUAAAAAACAUUACACAACUGAUACUAGCCAGAUCCAAAGUCUAUACGUCUCAGUAAAUUUCUAUACACUUAGAAUGCUCAUCCUGAUGCUGCGGGGCUUCACACGUGGCCUUUACUGACUCACUGCCUAACAUACUUUUAUGCACUUAUCCACCACCAACACCAAAAACUCCAUGACAGAGAACUGGAAAACCAAUUAGUUUUAUAUCCUUUCUCAUAAUUCAUUCCCCAUUACCCGCAUUCAGUCCUUCUGCCUCCCCUAAUAUUUAGUCUUUCUUGUUCUCUCUUCUGCCUGUUGUACCGUACAAGGUUUAACAGUGGCUGGUUAAUUAACGAGUCCCAAUUGUAACCUUAGAGAGUAAAUCUGUUCUAAUGAUUGAUUUACAUAGCAAAAAUGCCCCCCCCCAUCUCCUGAACAAUUUCUUGUAGAAAAUCUGCUCCUACCGGGUAAAUCACAUUUCUUUGCAAAAACUGAGGUCGGGGGAGCUAUGAAAACAGCGAGGGCCAACUGCUUUGCAGCAGAAUGUUGACCAACCUCUUCUUUAAUCAAGACUUAAUUAAAAAAAAUCUUCUGUCUACUCACUGCAAGUAAACAUCUUCAGUCCCAUGUACUGCUACCACUACUUUGUCUCAUUCAUCUUCAGUUGUAUUUGAUUCUGGUCAAAGGAUGAACUGACCUCGGUUUGUCAAGGACACCCGUCCACAGAGACUCUCACAAGGACACCCUGAGUCAUUAUCUCUCCCGUUGAAAGAAUGGAGGGGCUGAGUUACUCUUUUUAGAAUCCCUUUAAUUAUUCUUUAGAGUUCUCUGAAGAACUCAUGCAAGGACAUGGCUAAAAGACUCUUCUGCAAUUUCUGAAGAAACUUCAUAGAAUAACCUAGAAAAACUCCUGACAGCCACCAAGUAAGAAAUAAAAGCCCAGAAUGCCCCAUUCCACAAACAAAGAGCUAAUCCUUGGCAUCAUGGCGGGGACUGCUGGGAUCAGCUUGCUGGCCUUCUGGUACCACAAGGUCCUCAAGCCAAGGACGACCAUGAACUUCCCUAAGCUUCUUUCUCUGGGUAAGAAAUUUGGUUCACUAACUCUGCCAGAGGAAAGCCACAGUGCGCAAGGAGCAUCGGUGGUCUUUCAAAGGAGGCAACUCCAGAUCCUGGAAAAGCUAAACGAGCUACUGACCAACAUGGAAGAACUGAAGGAGGAAAUCAGAUUCCUUAAAGAGACAAUUCCAAAGCUGGAGGAAUGUAUACAAGAUGAAUUCGGAGGGAAGGUGACAGUUCAUAAGAUCAGUCCUCAGCACAGAGCGAGAAAAAAGAAGGGGACAACCGUUCAACGCUCAGCAACAAGUAACAGCUCAGAGGAGGCAGAAAGUGAAGGGGGCUGCUGGAAAAAGGACCAGUGCUUCCAACCAAAUCAUGACGAUCCAGUUACUCCACAACGCAUGCAUCAUGGAUCCUCUCGUGCGUUACAAACAAAAGUGGCUCUGGGUCUUAUAACAUGUCGUCCUUCUUCAACAUAUAAGAUAGGUAGAAAAUCCUCGUCCUCCUCAAGUUCAACUACACACUUAUGUCCGUGUAAAGGAAGACAUAGUUUACUGCGGAGAUUCCGAAAGAGGAAACAACAGGGAAGUAGAGUUAACUUUGAUUCUCAGGAAGACUUAACCUCCAGUGCCGCGAAUUCUUCAGAUCAGUUCACUUUGCGUAAAUCUCGAAAAUAUUUUUCUUCCCGCAAGCUGAGUGUAGUUUCCUGCCACAGGAAUAGCGUUACCUAUGAAACUCCACGAGGUAGUCUGUCUCAUGAAAACGAAAUUCAAGGCUUUUCUAAAAAGUCAACUAGCACAGAUGCUCCAAAACGAAUAAGCUUCUCUGAUCCCGAACAUGGCGAUAGAUACUUUGCAAAUCUGGAAACAAAACCCGGUUCUUCAGGCCACUGGAGUUUUGAGAGAACGCCUUACCCACUAACUCUAACAACGUCUCUCUUCUCUCUUCCGACUGUUAUUUCUUCUUCCAGUCAAGUAAAUGUGUCUGGUGCUGAUAACCAAGAGCAUGGCCAGCUAAAUAAGGUUUCGGAGGAUGCCCUUCAUCACAGGUCUCAGAGUCUGAGUGGAAAUUACUCUCCAGCUGGUUUGGAACAGCAUCCGUCUUCUGCCAGCUUCCUCCAAGAUGAACUUUCUUCACUGUACCAAACUAUCGGUAGCUUGACUGUUGAAGUUACCUCAGGCUCCUUUGAAGAAGAAAGCUUUGCCACCCCAUCUCUAGAUGAAGAUAUACCUUCACCUAUUGAAACGGAUGAAAUAAGGUAUAUUACAGCUAACACGGACACAGAAGAACAGAACUUCCCGUUCCCCAAGGCUCUUAACACACACAUAGAGGAGCUAAAGUUGGAUGUCCUCCUUCAGAAGGCAGACCAUUUGCGGACAAAUGAGUCUCACAAAAUGGAGAGUUUUGAGCUACUCUGUGACCACAAGGAGAAGUUUAGUGAAGAAACUGAGUUUCUGUGGCGCCUGGCCCGAGCCUAUGGAGACAUGUAUGAUCUAUCCACAAGUACACAAGAAAAGAAGCAUUAUGCUAAUAUUGGAAAAACUUUAGGAGAGAGAGCUAUUACCAGAGCGCCCAUGAAUGGACACUGCCAUCUGUGGUAUGCAGUUUUGUGUGGUUAUGUAUCUGAGUUUGAGGGCUUGCAAAACAAAAUUAACUGUGGACAUCUAUUCAAGAAGCAUCUAGAAAUAGCCAUCCAGCUUUUGCCUGAAGAACCCUUAUUAUAUUACCUCAAGGGAAGGUACUGUUAUACAGUCUCAAGACUCAGCUGGAUUGAGAAAAAAAUGGCUGCUACUCUGUUCGGAGAAAUACCAUAUUCAACGGUUCAUGAAGCUUUGCACAACUUCCUUAAGACUGAAGAACUGCAACCUGGUUAUUCCAUGUCCAACUAUAUGUAUACAGCCAAGUGUUAUGUUGAACUUGGGGAACCUCAGGAGGCUUGUAAAUUCUGUAACUUGGCAUUGCUACUGCCUGUUGUCACCAAAGAGGACAAGGAUGCCCAUAAAGAGGUGAAGAAAAUGAUCAGUUCUUUGAAGAGGAAAUUCCAUACAAGUUCUUCUGUGUGAAUACUAAUUUCCUGCGGUUGCUUCACUCACCAUUCAAGAUACCUGACCUUGGAAAAAACAGAUCAUGGUCAGCAUGCAGGUGUUGAGUCCAGACUAACAGGACCCCUUCCACGUAAAGAUGAAGGACACAGAGUCUGACUUUUCAGGAGACUUCGUGUACAAUGCUGGACCAAGGGAGUUCUAAUCCAGAACUUGGAGUCUCUCCCGAAGAUACAAAUCAAGACUGUAUGUUACAAUUUCUCAUAACACAUGAGAGAAAUAAACACAGUGUUCUGACAUCUUA